AUGAGGUGGGAUGAUUUGGCCAACAUCUUCGUGGAUGAGGUAGCCAUCAAGUCAUCACAUAUGGGAGUCUUCCUGCAAGUUCGCAAGAACGACCAACUGAGGCAAGGUAGCUGGGUGUUCAUCAGCCGAUGGGAGAGUGAUCUGUUCCCGGUAUCGCUAGUGGAGCAUCGGAUUGAAAAAGGAGGGCACCAAGGUCAUGUCAAGCUGUUCCGGCGUAUAUCUCGUGUAAAGGGCAGGACCGCCAUCAAGCACUCGCUAUCCUACAGCAGAGCAAGAGAGUUAGUGCGUGAAGCUCUGAAGCGUAUCGGCGUAAACCCAGAUGGAUACGGUUUACACGGUUUGAGGUCGGGAGGUUCAUCCACGGCUGCUGCAGCAGCAGUACCAGAUAGGCUCAUUCAGCGACAGGGAGGAUGGGGAAGUGAUGCUAUGAAGGCUUACAUUCAGGAGUCCCUGCCCAAUCUGCUGCAGGUGUCUCAAGUGCUAGCUGUGUGA